AUUACAUCAAGGAGGUCUGGAAGCAGAUUUGAAGGCGAGCCAUCUACCUGGUAGUCAGACGAACAGGAGGCUGACCAUGCACUAGGUGGCGUCUCACUCUCUCUCUCUUGCUCUCCCUCCUCAGCACAAGGUGUGAAAAUGAAUGACGUCUGAGCUCAACAAUACCCUAGCUGAGUCACAGUUUUACAGCUUAUUCGCACUCUGGAAAUCAUGGUGCAGCUGUUUUAUUACGAAAACCGGGGCAAGUGCUGUCGGAAAGUGUUUAAUUACGAGGGCUUCCCGACCAAGGUGUUGUUGUUCCCAUACGAGGGCUGGGCCCAACCGGCCAUGAUUACCUACUGGUUGCUAAAAACCUACUGGUGGAGCCGAGCUCGUUGUAAAAUCGUCGAGGUUAACGGCAACCGUAAAUCAACGACCAAAGCCAAAAUGGUGGACAAAGGAAAUGGGAACAUGUACAUAUACGGGACAUUCAAAGACCUGCCCCAUAAUCCCGACUUCAAGGUUAACCUGACAACGAAUGUGAGCAACGCGGACUUUCAACUCGGCUACAGUGUAACGGGAACCCUGGAACGUGGUGACAAGAGGAAAGGCGAUCUGCAACUCACCCAUUACGCUAUGAUCAAGCGGAGAGGAUACUGACUUGCACUACCAGAUCAUUCUGCUAAAAGUGGUCACCCCUGUUCUUGUUUUUUUUUUUCAGGCGUCAUUGACGUCAGAUUUGCAGAAAGUCGACACCAUAGGAGGAUUUCCGGAUAGUUCACCAAACUUUGUGGCUUAUCACUCCAAAUGUAACGUCAUUUCUGCGUUCUGCUUAGAUGUGCACUGCUGUUGGACUGGGUUGUAGAAGUUAGGACCGUCAGAUGACGUUUUGAUGUUGGCGUUAUUUCAAACCAUUGAUGACAUUCCAAAGAUGACAUUCCAAAGAU